AUGGCCCUGGGCCUCCUCGACCUCUGCCGCGACAAACUAUACGCCCAAAUGGCAUCGUCAAGGCUAAAUCUGCGCCAACUCGUCGGCCACUCAAAUCUGCUCGAUGCGCUGGUCGACGAAUUCAACAGGAACCCGGAUUACUACAACUACGUCGAUCCAUCCGACAGCUACGCCGAUGCGAAUGCUACUGCAAUGUGCGGUAUUGAUGACGCCUCGAAGGCUCAGGAUACAGACGUUCUCCCGGCGUAUCCUAUCCAGGGGGAGGCUACAACGCGAGACUACGCCUGGCGGUUUCCGGCUACGGAUCCGGUUUUCAGCCGGUAUCGACACGAUAGUGACGACGACGAGGAGGAGGAUGAAGACGGGGAAUGGGAGACUGAUGAUGAUGAUGAUGACGAUGAGGAUCCGAUUAUUUCCUCACCCCCAGCACGUGUCUUGACGGUUCGGAAUCCAGAUCCGGACCCCGCUCUUCCCACUCUUGAGGAGCCUGCCACCAGCCGAAAUAAGGUGGCCUCACACACCUUGGAGCCAAUUCCUGAAGAGGAUGCUACGCCGCCAGAAUCGGAUCCGAUAUAUCCAUCCAAACCAAGUAAACAAUCUUCGACGCUACGUGGGCUUCUUCCUACGCCGACGGUGUCCAAGCGACGCGCCGCCAGUUUCAAGAGCAGCGCGAGUGCUAAGAAGCCUCUCCUGUCUGCGGUAAAAGAAGUUUGGUGGAAAGGCGGGGAUUGUGUUUCCCCGCCUGUGUGUGUUUGA